GAUUUUUUUUUUUUUGAAACUGAAAUUGAGGAAAUUUUGACACAAAUAAAUGUGGAGACUGAGUUGUUUGGUCAAUUGGUUAAUCAGCACGUACAACAGAGACAAUUUGUUGCAACAUUGACACGAGUGUGUGAUGUAGAGAUAAUGAGAUAAUGAGAUAUGCACAUGUUCUAUUUGCUAAACAACGAACCCUGAUAUGCACCGUGGUUUGUGUUGGAUAAUAUAAUCGAGUUUGUUGUCCACGGCCAAACAUUCUCGUGAUUCUGUUGAAUCCGUUGAGGAGGCCUCGUGGUUAUCUAUUAUUUUUUUCACGUUUCUCGUGUAGUGGGUAGUGCCCACCUCGCAGCCGUGGACUCAUGUUACCGAAUUAUUUGGCGAUCUGGCGCUGAUUUCUUGGCGCGCUCACCAAAAAAUUCUUGCGCGCCUGCGCACCACGCACCAAAUCAGGUCUUAAACUAACCGCCAUAGUCUCCUGAUCCUCGUUGAAAGCAAGCACGUCCUCAUUCUCCAAACCAAUCUAGCUCGAGGGGUGCCCGGUGUCCCUCUGCUUCCACUCCGACGGGUGGUCAGGAGUUCCUCUGCUUCCUUUGCAAUGGCCGAUCAAUCGGCACACGGCGAUCACAGUGGGGCGCCAUGUGGCGUUUCAAGUGUGACCCAUCGGAGCAAGAGAAGGCAGAUGGUGUUUUGGAGGAGAACUUAACUAGGAAAGUGAAGUAGAUGCUGCAUGAGGAAAAGGUGGCAGCCAUCAAAAGAUUAAAGAAGGGACAAUUGCCUACAUAACAGAAGUGGAUGAGGAUGGUAAUCGCUGGCCAACUAAGGAAGCUUUAAUUUCUGCAAAGAGAGUUGACUUUGCUACCCACGUUGGUUGGUGUCUGCAAUGUGAGUAGUGGAGUAGUGCUGAAUUUAGUGGGUUAUCUUUAACCAACAAGAGGAACAGACUUGCUAAUGGGGACAUGGUCUUCCAUUGCAGUAGUGUGAGAAAUGUUGUCACCACAUUUCAAUUUCCGAAACUCAAAACCGGGAAAGACCCUGGAAUUUCCGGUGCUUGGCUUCACAUGCACAAAUUGCAUCGAGGGACUAAUGAAGAGCAAACAUGCAGUCAAAGAACUGCUGGUCAUUGGGAGGAUUUUGAUAAGGCAAUGACAAAUGCCCAUGGAGAAAAUUGGGAAGAGGAGCACCCAGAUUUAGAUGGACAAAACAUCUACGAAGCAGUAGGUAGAAUGCCACAUGGCAGGCUGGGAAUUGCUAAUGAGUUUUUUAGCAAAGCAGAGAAGGCGAAGUUUAAGUCUAAAGGGGUGAUGACCUCACAACCGGUGCGGUCUGCUAGGGAGGACCGUCUAGAAAGAGAAAACAAACAUUUGCAGUGGGAGAUCAAGCGUCUUCGAGGCAUUGAGUUUGUUGUUCAGUCUUUGGCUGAGAAAGGAGGAGUCGACUUUGAUGGCAUAAUGCAAUCAACAGCAGAUGACUUGUCCCCAUCAUAUUCUGAAGGCGGAUUUCAAAGGGGACAAGGUGAUGUGCCUCAACACCAAACCGAAAAGGGAAUUGGAAGCAGGACUGGAGGCAGUAUGAGUCAUGGGAAUGAUGAUGAGGAUGACUACUACGGCAAUGAGGGAUAUGAUAACUAUGGCGAGGGUGGUCUGUAUGGUGAUGAGCAGUAUGAUAACUACGCGAUGCGGAAUAUAAAGACUAUCGAGAUGAGGGAUAUAAUGACUAUGGCGAUGGUGAUGAUGAUUGGCUAUAGAAGCCUAACGAUCUUCAAGUCAUGCCAAAAUGAAGUUAUGUUAGAUAUUUGAAACACUUUAUCUUAUGGACAAAUUUGUCUUAGUGGACAAUUUAUCUUGUGCAAAAUGUGACCUAUCUCAGUUACUAUUUUGUUCUAAAUUUGACAUUUGAUAAUUAUGGUUAAUGCAAUGGAUGCAACUCAAUAUUGUGCUUGUGUAUGAGAUGCAUU